AAGAAAAUGAAAAGGUUUUUACAUUCUGCACCAUGAAGGUAUUGUUCAUUAUUGCAGUAGCAACAGCGGUGGUGUUCACCAAGGAAGUGGAGGGAUUUAUGCGUGGAGGAUUUCACCCCAUUCCACCAAAUCACCCAAGAAACAUGUUCCCGGCAUGCAACGAUUUCUUUUACGCUAUCGACAGGCAACUGCAUGAAAACGAGCGACAAUCGGACCGCCCGAGAUGCGACUGGCAACAAUAUCAGCAAGAAUGCUAUUUCGAGAAAUUGGUGAAAGCACGAAUGGACGUGCAAGAUAUUCAACCAUCGACCAGCUGCACCAAUCAGAUGAGAGAUUUCAUGAGUGGUGUCAACAACCCCACAACCCCACGAACUACUACAACUCCAUCUUAUGUUUGAAAUCCAACAUUCUUAAGAAAUUUCUAUUGAAUUGUUGAUUAGAACAUAAUGUAGUUUUUCAAAACGUGCUUUACAUUCUUUUUUUCUGAUUAAAUAAAUAAAAUAAAAAUUC